AUGCCAGAUACGUCAAAUCAAUCCAUGUCGAAUGUGCAAGUAGAUGUUAGUGAUAACAAUCAGUGGAAUCAAGACAUUCAUCCCAAUAAUGAUAACGUGGUUCAGAAUUCUACGGCAUUGGAAUGGACCCAGCUCCCUCAAGCAGCUGUUGGAUUUGUUCCAACUCCUAUCAACAACGGAAUUCCUACCGACUAUCAAGUCCCUAACGGGCAAUGGACUGGCAAUCACAAGGAGCGGCCAAGAAUAGCCAAUGGCGUCAGAAAACAAAAGCGCAUCAGGACAGCGUUCACGAGCAAUCAGAUGAUGGAAUUAGAGCAAGAGUACAACAGAACUCGAUACCUCGAUCGGACACGCCGCCUAGAACUUGCCGAGUUACUCCAUUUGAAUGAGCGCACCAUUAAAAUUUGGUUCCAAAACCGCAGGAUGAAGGAAAAGAAAAUCAAAUCAGAAAAUUAUGAAGAAUCCGAUGAAUUAGAAAUGGAAGCUGAGUCUCCAUUAAUGGUUGUAAACGAGGAAUACCCUGUCGCGCCGCCUUAUGAAGUAUACAAUCGUGAAGGAUUCAUAGAGCAAUUUCCAGUAACAACGCCAGUUAUAAACCAACCUGAGAUACUCGCACCUCAAGUUAUACCGCCAGUAACCGAUUACCCUGCAUUCGUCGACAACCAGUGCCAAUCGCAGUACCAGCAGUUGCAUUUUCAGUUGCAACAUUAUCCGCAGUACAAUUUGAAUGUGGAAGAACUGUCACCAGAGUCAGCGCUCAAGUCGGAGAACUCUUCAACCAACGCCUCUAGUGACCUCACAGAGAAGAGCUGGGAUUUGUCGUGGAUUCGUAGCAUUAACUCCGAGGAAGACUUUUAA